AGGAUGUGGCUCCCUAUUUGAAAGAGAAAGGUCAGAUUGUAUCCUUUGUGCUUGGGCUGGAGUGUGUUGCUGAACACCAAGACUUUCAAGAUGGUCCUUGUCAGCAUCCUUAGAUUCCUCCUCUUUUGGGGACUGGUGCUUUUUAUGGAACACGGUGUCCAAAUGGCAAAGGCAGGGAAGCCCUCUCUUGCCCUCCUAGCCGAGGCCCCUACCUUGCCCUUGAUUUGGGAACUGCUAGAAGAAGCCCCUGUCAAGCAACAGAGGAAGCCACAUGUCCUAGGGCAUCCCCUGAGGUACAUGCUAGAGUUGUACCAACGUUCGGCUGACACACAUGGACACCCUAGGGAGAACCGCACCAUUGGGGCCACCAUGGUGAGGCUGGUCAGACCCUUGCUCAACAUAGCAAGGCCUCUAAGAGGUCCCUGGCAUAUGCAGACUCUGGACUUUCCUUUGAGAUCCAGCCGGGUAGCAUACCAACUAGUCAGAGCCACUGUGGUCUAUCGCCAUCAACUCCACCUCAAUCACCUUCAUCUCUCCUGCCAUGUGGAGCCCUGGGUCCAGAAAAGCCAGACCUAUAGUUUUCUUCCUUCAAGAAGAGGUUCCUCAAAGCCUUCCAUGCUGUCUGAGACUUGGACAGAGAUGGAUAUCACACAACACAUUCAGCAGAGGCUCUGGAAUCACAAGGGGCGCAGGAUUCUACGGCUCAACUUCAUGUGUCAACCACAAAAAGGUAGUAAAGUUCUUGAGCUCCGCUGGCAUGGCACUUCCUCUUUGGAUACUGCUUUCUUGGUACUCUAUUUCAAUGACACUCAUAAAAGUGUUCGGAAUAUCAAAGUUCUCCCCAGAGAUCCCAAGGAGUUCAUGAACAAUGAUUCUUCUCUUCUUUUGAGGAGGACCCGACAAGCAGGCAGUAUGAGGUCUGAAGUGCCCCUUCCCUCCUGGGAGCAUGGUGGACCUGAAAGUACUCAGUGCUCCCUCCACCCUUUCCAAGUCAGUUUCCAUCAGCUGGGCUGGGAUCACUGGAUAAUUGCUCCCCAUCUCUAUACCCCAAACUACUGUAAAGGAACCUGCCCACGGGUACUACGCUAUGGUCUUAAUUCUCCCAAUCAUGCAAUCAUCCAGAACCUUGUCAAUGAGCUGGUAGACCAAAGUGUUCCUCAGCCCUCCUGUGUUCCUUAUAAGUAUGUUCCCAUUAGCAUCCUUCUGGUUGAUGCAAAUGGCAGUAUCUUAUACAAGGAGUAUGAAGAUAUGAUUGCCCAGUCCUGCACAUGUAGGUAAAAACAAAGGUAUCACAAGAAAUCAGGGAAAGGCUUAAACAAAACAAAUAAUCAGUAUUAAAGUGACCCUUGGCCCAAUCUAUGUAUUCUAUCCAUUGUCUUACAUGUUAUUUAA